GCUAUACCACCUUGGGCGAGUCACCCUACUGAGCCUCACUCACCUCAGCUGCAGAAUGGGGACAAUAGUCAUUCCCGUUCACUGCACACAGCUACACAGGUCGGUCGCUGAAAAAGGGCUCGGCCUCUUGCUGCUCUCCUUGCUCCUGGCCCGAGCUGGCAUCUGGGGAUUCCCAAGGCCCCCGGGGAGGCCGUCCCUGAGCCUGCAGGAGCUGCGGAGGGAGUUCACGGUCAGCCUGCAUCUGGCCAGAAAGCUGCUCUCUGAGGUCCAGGAGCUGGCUCACGGCUUUGCUGAGUAUCACCUGCCUGGAGUGAACCUGGAUUUCCUGCCCCUGGGAGGGCAGCUCCCAGAUGUUGCUCUGACCUUCGGGGCCUGGCGCCACCUCUCCGACUCAGAGCGGCUGUGCCUCCUCUCCACGACACUUCGUCCCUUCCAUGUCCUGCUGCAAGGCCUGGGGCCCCAAAGUGGCUGGACGCGCUCAGAGAGGGCGCAGUUGUGGGCCCUCAGGCUAAACCUCCGGGACCUGCAGCAGCACCUCCGCUUCCAGGUGCUGGCUGCAGGAUCCAGCCUCCCAGAAGACGAGGAAGAGGAGGAGGAGGAGGAGGGGGAGAAAGGACUUCCCACAGGGACCCCGGAGAGCCCCUCACAGAUGUCUGCCCAGGCGUCUUGGCCCCAGCUCCUCUCCACCUACCAGUUACUGCAUUCUUUGGAGCUUGUCCUGUCUCGGGCCAUGCGGGACCUGCUGCUGCUCUCUCAGGCGGAGGACCUGGCCCCAGCGGCCUUGGGUUCCCACUGCCCAGCGCUGCUCAGCUCUGACGGAGAGACCCCUGAGCCCUCCCUCACCUCCAACCUCACCCCCACCCAUUGGGACUAGGGUCUCUACCACUAGGGCAGGCUCUGGCUCACUUGCCCCAGCCCCCCUACCCGGUAACUUAAAGCCCCUCCUAUCCUUGACAGAUAUUUAUUUCAGGAAUGUUUAUUUAUUGUCCAGGGAGAGGAUGGUUUAUUUAUUGUCUGCCCCCCCCCCGCCCCACCCUGGGGCUGAGCCACGAUGCUGGAUGCCUAAUAAAGCGCUCCCACGCUU